GAGUCCGACCACCACCUUCCUGUGCAGAGCUAUUUAAAGUACUUUUUACUUAAAAAAAAAAAAAAAAAAAAAAAAGUAGGCCAGCAAGCUGCUGCAGCCCUCUCCUCACAUCUCCCUCCUGUCUCUAACAUCUGGUUUUAAUUCACUGUGCAUUCCCAAAGGCCAAAGACUCCAGAGGAAAAGAACACUGAACCUGGAGAAAACAAGGGGAAGCGUUGUGAAAUGAAGACUGAUAUAGCAGCAGGUAACGUCUUCCUAAAAGUCAUGCCAGCGUUGCUGUUGUUGGCUCUGGUGUGCUCCUUGGCCUCUCCCACCCAGUUGUCAGUGACAGUCUCGUGCGGGCCAGAGGUUGCGGCUCUCAAGCACAGCAUAAAGAAACUGGAGAACAAACUCUUGAUUGGAACUUGGCAGGUUGAGCACUUGAGGAUGCACAAAUAUUUCCGUCCGUUUCAGCCUGCUGUGUCUGAUACUAAACCUGAAACUGACAUGCCCUCUGGUGUAAACCACACACUGGUGAAACCACCUCCACCAGCAGGCAGUUUGAUUGUCCAUGACAAAGAUUGUUCUGAGCUGUUUGACAGACUGAGACCACCAAGUGGUUUCUACCGCAUCAGACCCAAAUUACACCAGGAGCCAUUUUUGGUCUACUGUGACAUGGACGAUGGAGGAGGAUGGACAGUGUUUCAGAGACGCCGACAUGGAAGAGUUAACUUUAACCGAGACUGGGUCGACUACAGAGACGGCUUUGGUGACUUUAAGCUGUGGAAUGAUGAGUUUUGGUUGGGGAAUGAGCACAUUUAUUCUCUGCUCUCAGAAGGUAGGAACCUGGUGAAGAUAGAUCUAAUGGACUGGGAGGGACAGAGGAGUUAUGCAUUUUAUGAAAACUUCAGGAUCACGGAUGAGGCUGAUAAGUAUCGUCUACAGUACGGACUUUACAGUGGCCAAGCUGGAGAUGCUCUGGCCGGUGGUGGGGGGAUGGUGGAGCAGUGGUCUGCUGGCCUCAGUGGCAUGCAGUUCAGUACUAGGGAUCAGGACAAUGACCGUUACCUUCAUGGCAGCUGUGCCCAGGAGAAUAUGGCAGGAUGGUGGUUCAACAGAUGUCACUCAGCCAACCUAAAUGGGAAGUUCUACCGCAAAGGGAACUACAAGGGCCAGUAUGACAACGGUGUGGUCUGGGGGACCUGGAAAGGCCUUUGGUACUCCCUCAGACACACCACCAUGAAGGUGCGGCCUCUGGUUUUCUUGGACGUUGUGGGCAGCGGAGCAGGGGAAAUUUAA